AUGAGUAAUAGCAAUGCUUGUCUUACAUCUUCGGUUAUUGCUAGACACAUAGUUCGUAGCAUUGAAGAUGAUCCUGGCUUUAAAGUAAAGAAUAUAGUAAGCCAUGUUAAGGAAGUUUUGAAGGUGGAUGUCUCUUAUAAAAAGGCUUGGUACGGCAGACGCAAAGCUAUUGAACUUAUAUUCGGUUCUUGGGAUGCUAAUUUUGCUGAACUACCGAAAUAUGUUGAUGCAUUUAUGCAGUCAAAUCAGGGAUCUGUGAUCAGGUGGUUGCACCAUUCUGAUAGUACGGAUCGUGUGAAGACAUUUAAGUAUGUCUUCUGGGCUUUUGGACCGGCUAUUGAUGCAUUUCACAUGUGUCGACCGGUUAUAUGUGUUGAUGGCACUCAUUUGCGGGGCGAAUAUAAAGGCAAACUACUUGUUGCAGUUACGCAAGAUGCCAACAACAAGAUUAUUCCGCUAGCCUAUGCCAUUGUCGACGAAGAAACUAUUUCUAGUUGGUCUUGGUUCAUGGAACAACUAAGAUACAAUGUGGCCCGUGAUCGGUAUCCUAUUUGUGUCAUUUCGGAUCGGCAUAAUGGUAUCAUCCAUGCCAUGACACAUUAUGACUAUUGGCAAGAACCUUUGGCCUUUCAUAGAUUUUGCCUACGACACGUUAGGAGUAACCUAAUGGCUCACUUCAAAGGCUUGCACCUUAGAAGGUUAUGUUGGGCAAUGGGAAAAGCCAGACAAUUGCGCAAGUGGCGGGCAUUCAAACGAGAAUUGAGGAACAUGUUUCCAAAUGCAUGGACUUAUCUGUCUAACAUUGGAGCUGAGAAGUGGUGUCUAACACAUGACGAUGAGAACCGUUGGGGUAUUCUCACAACCAACAUUUCCGAAAGUUAUAAUAAUGUACUUAGAGAAGCACGUCAUUUGCCUAUCCGGGCUUGUAUUGAUAUGACAUUUCAUCGGACAGUUGAGUUGUUUAAAAGAAGAAAAGAGGAUGCUAGACAUUGCUGUAAUCCAUUUCCUCCAAAGAUAUGGCAGCGGUUUAAGAAUUCGGACCUGAAAGCGGGAAUCCACAGGGUUGUUGAGUUCGAUGGCUAA